AUGACUUGUCCAUUUCGUCGUGCCGCAUCUCAACACCAAUUCGCCAACGGCUCAGGAAGCCGGAAUCCUGGGUUCCGAUCACGGCAGUCCUCCGUUCACCUACCAGGGCCUGAAGAGGAUGAUGGAGAUAAUAACACACUCACCUUAAAGAACUUAAGUGAAGCCCUCAAAUUGCUUACAGCGCCUUCAAUGGGGAAGAGGGAGUCCACAGUGAGUGUCCAUCGCGUUCGGUCUUGCACAUCUCUCUUUGCCUUUCGUUGUUUAUCUGCAACAGUAUGA